AUGGAGUCCCUUGCCUAUUUGAUGAAGGUACCAAGACGACAUGGUGCCAAUAGCUUGAAAUCGAAUGACCGUCGCUUACACUCGCCAUCUGGUGGUCAGGCACCCUCGCCUGAGUUUGUCGUGCAGUCGUUGCAGGCGGCCUACUCGUCGCGCUAUGCUGCAGAUGACAUGGCUGCGGUCACCGAACGUGCCGCCGAGGCACUGGAGAUUACCCCCGAUCAGGCCAAGCAGCUAUUUCGGAGCAUGCGCGACUUGAUCUCCACCGUCAUCUACCGAAACUGUGCCGACGACGCUGCUGUGCGCAGCAUCAUGCCUGAUACGGUGCCUGGCAAGCUCCAAGGUCUGCUGGCCAAGCUGAUCCUACAGAAUCUGGGCCCCUGGCGCGAGCAGGCUGCUUUUCAGCAAUUAUCUUUGCCGCGCCUGAAAGAAUUCAAUUGGGCGAUCGACGUGAAAACCAGCUCAGACCAAUUGGCGCGCAUGGCGCUGCCCACUGCUGUGGUUCAUCUCAAGGUGGAAGAUUUGCCACAAACAACUAAGGAAAUGCCUGCGCUGCGCGAUGUGGCUUUUGAAAUGAACAAGGAUACUCUGGAAACCAUGCUUGAUGGACUGGGCAAGAUUCAAGAGCAGUUGGCCGCCAUUGCCGGAUCUAGCUCUUAA